CAGCUGAUUUAUAGAACAGAAUUCCCCAGAUAUGGUCGUACGAUAAUAAGGAGUUUCCUAAUUAAAAUGUGAGUGCAUAAUUUCCAGCGCAACAUUACUUACCGUUCCCGUUGGUGGAAGGAUGGCCAAGGAGCGCUGGUUUAUCCUCUUCUACUGCUGCAUUAUCGCCUUUUCCGUGGAUUUCUUCUAUGAUGAGCCGUCGGCGUUGGUGGCCCGUUUGACGGGCACCUCGGUGUACUGCGUCAAUGGGACGGAUACGUCGUGUUUAGAGCUGGAUAUGGUCCAGUAUAAUGCCUUUUUUUCCGGCAUAUCCUGGGCUAGCGGGGUGGCGGCUUUGGUAGCCGGGCUAUGUAUUGAUCAUUAUGGGCCGGUGACACCGUUGUGGUUUUCCAUAGCGCUGAUUUUUGCCGGCGCAUUAUUAUUCGCCGGCGGCAGCUACGCCAGCUCCACCACGGUGGCCUUCGGCCUCAUGUUAGCCGGAAGGGUGAUCCACGGGAUCGGUGGCGGGACCGUCGUUACGGUAUGCCACCAGAUGAAAGCCGCCUGGUUCCAUUACGACGAACUAGCCUUAUCCUUUGGCCUGCACAUCCUAUGCGCCCGCCUGGGGAGUGCGGCCGCCUACGCCAUCAUCGGGACGGCCGUCACCACGCUGGGACUGUCCGGUUCUCUGUGGAUCGGGUUCGGGGUGACGUUGUUGGCCUGUAUCGCCAUCGUCGGGCUGAUAAACCGCGAUCACCGCAUCCAUGACAGCGGCAUUCCCAGUUCCAUGUCGGGGGCGGGGCAUUCCUUCCGCCGGCUGAAUGGAUUGUUCUGGUGUUUGGUCAUCGUGGCGUUUUUGUUGUACGGCGUGGUGUCGACGUUCACCGCCAACGGGGUGGCACUCAUUACGGACAUAUACGGCCGUUCCGAAUCCGUAUCCAGCUUGAUCGUCGACCUGAUCUACGACAUCUGCCUGAUCACCCCCUUCCUGGCCAUCUUCAUGGACAAAUUCGGCCACCGCGACUGGUGGAUCACAGCCAGCAGCCUCUUCCUGAUAAUCGGUCUGGGCCUCUUCCUGGCACCCCGCUGCCCACCCUGGGUGAUCCCGGUGUUCUUCGGCCUGUCCUACGCCAUCUUCCCCACCACCCUUUACAGCUCUCUCCCCCUGGUGGUCCCCCAGCGCUCCCUGGGCAUCGCCAACGGCGUCCUGACCUUCGUCCAGUACGCCAGCACCGGCAUCUUGACCCUAGGCGCCGGGGCCAUCCUGGACAUGCUCCCGAGUGAUGACAACCGGCGAUGGCUGCGUUUUACUAUCUUCCUGGCGGGAAUCGCCGUCCUGGCGAUCCUCCUGGCUUUUAUUAUUAACUGCCUAAACGCCAAGACCGGACGCCGGCUGACACCGUCCCAGAAGGUCCGCCGGCAGGCCGUGGACAUUGAAGAGGUCACCCCGAUUAAUAUUGAUUUUGUCACGGAGCCCCAUGGGAGUGUGGUGAGGGAGACAACGGAAAUCCGCAAAUCGGAGACUUCGAUGCCGGCUUCCUGGAGAUCGUUCCCGUCGCGGCAAGAAGUGAGAGUGACAUCGGAUUUUUAAAACGCGCUUGUCUGCUUAGAUUUCCGGUCGAUUUGAUGAAUUUUUGUUUACGCGAUGUGCAUUUACCGUUUACCGGCAUUUUAAUGGAUUUUGCUGCUGUGCGUUUUCGGCAUAUAAAGAAAGCGAUGCGUUGUAA